AACACCAAUCCAAAGCGGUAAUGAGAGAAUCUUUAAUCCACAAUUUAACAGUGCAAACAUUAUUUCAUAACCUAACAUGAAGGUGACAUUUGGACUAGCUCUAUGGAAAACAUUAUCAGCUUUUUCAAAUGAAGAUCAACAAAGUUCAGCUCCAGUAAGUAAACACUGAUAACUAGAAUAAAACACAGCGGCUGUGAGCUUACAGUCAGUCAGCCAAGCCUCCAGUCCAACAGCCAUGGUGACAAUGCCUGCUCUGCUCUCUGCGGCACUGCUGCUGCUGCUGCUUCCUGGGACUCUGACCAGAAUCUAUAAUUCAGAACUUGAAUUUUCUCCAAUUGACUUGGUGGUGGAGAACAGCUUGGAAAACACCCCUCGUAUGACCUACAGCACUCAGGUGGCUUACAGAGGGAUCCUACUGGGUGCAAUGGAAAGAUUAAAGGCCAGCAAUACAAAUUUUACUUUCAACUACACUAUGAAUGAAAACUACGGCCCGUACCUGGAGAGUGUGAAUGGUGUGGCUGGAAACGAUACCGACCACACAUACUGGGAGCUGCUGGUCAAGACUCACGAUGGCAAAAUCAUAAGACCUGAUGUUGGCAUUGGAUGUUACAUUCCUCGCACAAAUGAGGAAAUCAUUCUGAAAUUUACAAAGUGGUGAAAAUCCAGUGGUUGUCGUGCAUCAACGUGUGCCCGGAGCCAGCACUGAAACUAAUUGUAUGACAAUAUAUUUCAUAAGUGAACAAUCAAACAUGCAUCUGUGUUUAUUGUUGAAUGAAUUGAAGUCCUCCUUCUUUUGUUGAUUUUAUUGGUUUAAGGGAACAAAUGAUAGUGUUUGUGAUUGUAUGUUGUCCAUUGUGUUUGGGGUCCAAGCAGUUCGACAUAACACCAGUCGACUUUUUAAAGGUCACUUUUUUAACCGACUUACAUUCACUUCUAUUUUAUUGCUGUGGAGGUAAAAAUCUCAAAGACAAAUUUUUCAAAAGCUUGACUAAUUAAUGAAAUCUUUCCAUAUGGCUAAAAUAUCUCAAACAUAAGUGCUGCCAUCUUGUGCUGGUAAUUUCAUUUGGAACCAGAGCCUGAGCUCUUUUAUUACCUGAGUAAGCGGUAGCAUCCUCACAAGCUACAUUUUUCCAAUCAUUCUGAAGCUCAAGUGCAGCACAAAUAAAACUGCUAACAGUAUCAGUAAGACGGGCCACUACCAGACCACUAUACACAUGCAGUAUUUGUAUCUGAUAGAAGCACUCUCACAUGACGAUGACAUUGCUCACCAGUUCUUGGCCAGAUGCCUACAACUUCUCUGCUGCAGGGGAGUACAGACACGCGAGUGCGAGGUUUUUGAAAAUGGAAGAGGGGAAAAAGUACAGCACAUAACAAAAGCAACUAUCUUCACAUUAAAAACAUUUAGAAGCUUCAUAUCUCUCCACAUUUUAAUAAAAGACAA